ACAGACAUGCAGUGGGCUGGACGAGUUUAGGCUUAGUUGAUUUGGCUGGAUUCAGUCCGGAAGGUUUGCUGCAGACUCCAAAAAAUUGAGUAGUUCUGAUUGGUCGGGUGACUGAGCAGGGUCCUAGCACUCGAUGUUAGGAGCAGAACCGGAGGUAAAUGGAGCUCUGACGAGAGCAAGCCUACUACUAGAGUAGGUCGUUGGCGUUGCAGGUGGCACGUCCCUGAGGUCCAGAGCAGAUGUCGCUCGCGAUUCGCGUCAGCAAGUCCCUCUUGUAACCAAUGCACGUCGUGGAAGGGGGGGUCGUCUAAAUGGUUAAGACACUCAAGCCGAUUUCGUUAAGGCUUCGAGAGAUCCUGGGUUCGAAUCCCGGUCACCCCACCAGGAAGGGCCCUGGUUUACCAAAACCCAUCCACACCUUGGUGGUGUGUAGACCCCCCCUGUGGUGCAGGGUGUCUCUGGGGUACAAGGCUGGAGCUCUGGGCCUGCAACUGGAGAGCUUUCAAGUUCAAGAUCCAAGAUUCAAGUGGAGCUCUGGGCCUGUCAAUGGGAGAGUUCUAGAUGAUCUGUGUGGUCAAGGCAGUGGCUGUAGUUGUCACCUAGCUGUUGAGAACUCCAGUAGGUGUGUGGUGUCACCUGGCUGUUGAGGUUUCCAGUAGGUGUGUGGUGGAACAAAAACUUCUCUUCUCUUCUCUGAUCUCUGGCCCUAUCGAGGUUCUGUGAUAUGAUCCAGGCUGCCUUGGCAGUAGGGUGGUAGUGCGUCUACCACCGCAACCUUGUAAGGAUGACUUUAAAAAAAAAAGACGUCGGACUUCUCACCGCACAGCUCAAGGCGGCUAAGCUGGAGCACUUUGUUGCCAUCUGGACGGCGGGUGGCGCGCUUUGUGAAGUGGAGGAGGUUCAGGGUGGGUCACCGAAGUUGAACUUGCGGCUGACGCUUGCAUCACCUGUGCAGGCCCCCUAGGUUCCUUUUGGGUGGCGUUUCUUUCCAGGCGCUGGCGUGGCGUAUUAUCGUCAUCAGCUUGUCUGGCGCCCAUGAGCGUAGUACUAGCUCUGGCUGGAGUGGCAGCGCCUGGGCGGCUGUGGGACUUCCUGCACAGAGCGUCUUGCAGCGGACUGGAGCCCGCUUAGUCAGCGCCACAUCUGGCCCGUUUAGUUUUCUGCUUGUGUCUCCUCUGCCGGUUCUCCUGGGGUGUUGCUUAAGCAACCGACUUGUGGGGGUGGGGUGGGUUUGGGCGGGGCGUGUGCGUAGCGCUGGUGGUUUCUUUUCUGGCGCGCGGUGGUGGUGGUUCUUGCGGUUAGGCUGUGGUGUAGGUUGGUGCUUGGGUUAGGUCUGGCGGUGUUUAGGUGCUGGUGUACCGGCUGCAACAUGCUUACCUGCCUUGCGGGCUGUACCGGGCGGGCAAGGGAAUUCGUCCACGGGUGACCACGGGGUGCGGGGGGUUGGGGGCGCACUGUCCUCACCCCGCCUGCGGGCCACCUGGCCCGCGGGCGUGGGCCAGCCUGACGCACAUCUUCCUGGAGUGUCCAGCUUAUGCGCAGGCGAGGACGUGGCUGCAGCAGCUGUGGGCCUGCGUUGCGCCCCAGGCAGCGGCGCCGCCAGUGACAGACGCAGGCUUCAUGCUGGGGGACCGCAUGGGUAUGUGGGCCUCAGGCCCGUGGGGGGCGGGCGCGCUGCUGUGGAGCACUUUGCGGGCCACCUUCUUGUACGCCGUCUGGUGUGCGUACUGGUCCCGCGAGCCUGCUAAGCAGGGGUGGGCGGUUCUGCUUCGAGUGGAUAGCGUCAAGGGACGAAUUCGCUCGAGGUCAUGGGUUCGACUCCCAUACACCCCUCCGAUUUUGAUCGGAAUGAAUAGACUACAGACAUGCAGUGGGCUGGACGAGUUUAGGCUUAGUUGAUUUGGCUGGAUUCAGUCCGGAAGGUUUGCUGCAGACUCCAAAAAAUUGAGUAGUUCUGAUUGGUCGGGUGACUGAGCAGGGUCCUAGCACUCGAUGUUAGGAGCAGAACCGGAGGUAAAUGGAGCUCUUACGAGAGCAAGCCUACUACUAGAGUAGGUCGUUGGCGUUGCAGGUGGCACGUCCCUGAGGUCCAGAGCAGAUGUCGCUCGCGACUCGCGUCAGCAAGUCCCUCUUGUAACCAAUGCACGUCGUGGAAGGGGGGGUCGUCUAAAUGGUUAAGACACUCAAGCCGAUUUCGUUAAGGCUUCGAGAGAUCCUGGGUUCGAAUCCCGGUCACCCCACCAGGAAGGGCCCUGGUUUACCAAAACCCAUCCACACCUUGGUGGUGUGUAGACCCCCCCUGUGGUGCAGGGUGUCUCUGGGGUACAAGGCUGGAGCUCUGGGCCUGCAACUGGAGAGCUUUCAAGUUCAAGAUCCAAGAUUCAAGUGGAGCUCUGGGCCUGUCAAUGGGAGAGUUCUAGAUGAUCUGUGUGGUCAAGGCAGUGGCUGUAGUUGUCACCUAGCUGUUGAGAACUCCAGUAGGUGUGUGGUGUCACCUGGCUGUUGAGGUUUCCAGUAGGUGUGUGGUGGAACAAAAACUUCUCUUCUCUUCUCUGAUCUCUGGCCCUAUCGAGGUUCUGUGAUAUGAUCCAGGCUGCCUUGGCAGUAGGGUGGUAGUGCGUCUACCACCGCAACCUUGUAAGGAUGACUUUAA